AUGUUUUUUUUGCAAUUACUUUUUCAAAUUUGUAAAACGAAAAAAAAAAAAAAAAAAAAAAAAAAAAUAAAUAAUCAAAAGAUAUUAGAUGAAAGAGAUACUACUGAUAUAGAAGAUAUAUGUGAUAUUAUUAAUGUGGAAAAUGGGACAUAUUGUAGUGCAUUAUAUCAAGGCACCGAUACUACAAAUAUACCAAAAGAUGAAGAUAUCGAAGAUAAGUAUCAAGACAUGGAUACGUGUCAAAAGAUGGAUACGAAUCAAAUUACAAGAGACCAAAAUGAUAAUACUGUAACAUAUCAAUACAAUAAUAAUGAAAAUAAAGAUGAUAGUAACAGCAGUACUACAUGUACAUAUAAUAAUGAUAAGAAUAAUAUGAAAGAAAUAGAAAUAUUUAAUGGUUAUGUUGAUAAAAUAUGUAAUAGUGACAAACAUAAAAAAAAUUAUAAUUCUAUACUUCUUAGUGUAUAUAACAAUAAAGGGAAAAAAACACAUUUCAAUCGAAACUUAUUAAGAAGAAUAAGAAAUAACAAACAUUGGAACUAUUCUGUAGAUAGACAAUAUUUAAAAUUUAUAAAUUAUUAUAGAAUAAAAAAAAUUAAAAAAGAAAUAAUACGAUUAACUCGUUUUAUCAAUUUGUAUUUAUCAUUACAUUAUUGUAAAAGAGCAAUUAAUUCGUUAAUUUGCAUCAAAAAAUAUUCGAAUGAAGAUAUUAUGAAUAAUUUGAUAAGAAUAAAAAAAGGAAGAAAGACAAUGAGAAAAAAAAAUAAUAUAAAGAAUAUUUUUUUUGAAAAUAUAAAUUAUAGUGAAAUAAAUGAUACAUAUAAUAAUAUACAUAUGAGUCAUAAUUUUAAUGGUGAAAAUAUUUUUUCAUAUUUUAAAAAGUCAUCAAAAUUUAUAUCAGCAUUUAAUAAUUUAUAUAUGUUAUUUAUUAGUGAAAUGUGUAAAAUAGAACAUACAAAAAAAUAUUUUUACACUAAUUCAAGAAUAGACAAUAAUAAAAAUAAAUUGGCUUAUUUAUACAUAAAUUUUUUAAAAAAUUGUAUUAAAAUAAUAACCAAUUUAGAAAUUAAAAAAAUAAAAAAUCGAAGACAAAUACAGAUUGAAAAAAAUGUUAGUAGUCAUUAUAGUAAUAUAAAUAAAUAUAUGAAAAAAGAAAUUUUAAAAAGUAAAUACAUAAAAAGUGUUAUUUAUAUUUGUAAUACAUAUUUACAAAAUAUAGAAAAUACACAUUUUUAUAAUAUAACCAAACUAAAAGAAUAUUAUAGCUUUAUUAAAAAGUGUGAUAUAAAUAUCAAUAAAAAUAAUUGCAAAGUUCAAUGUAAUAAACCAUUUAACGAAAGAUUAUAUAUAAAUAAUUAUAGAAAUAAUAAAAAAGAAUAUUCUAAUUCGGAUAGAAUAAUUUAUUUAUAUAUUAAUGGUGGUGUAAUUAAUAUCAAAAAAACUCAUUUAAAAAAAUGUGGUUUGAAUUGUUUUAUAAAAUUAAAGGGUAAUAAAUUUGCCCAUCUUUUUUUAGAAAAAGAGAAGAAUAAUGAAAUAAAAUAUAAUAAGGAAAAAACGAAAGAUUGUAAAGAAAUGGAAAAACUUAACGAUAUAUAUUAUAUGACAGAUGGUUUGGAAAUACAACAUGAUGAAAAUGUUGAUAAAAUUAAUGAAAAUAUGACUUCUUUUGGAAACAUUUUUCGAGUUAAUCGAAAAGAUACUCAUAAAACAACCUAUAUAUCUUUAAGCAUUCAAAGGGAUGAACAAAUUAGUAAUAUUAAAAAAAUAAAAGAGGACAAAUAUAUAUAUAAACAGAGAAAAUAUUGUAAUAUAUCAGGAAAAAAUAAUAACAAAAAUUAUAGUUAUAUUGAAAAUGGAAAAAGUAGAAAAGAUAAAAUAUGUAAAAGAAUAUUAUUAACAAAAAGUACUAAGAAAUAUACAUGUAUAAAAAAUAAAGAUAAUAAUACAACCCGGGUAAAACAAAUAAUAAAAUCAUAUAGUAAAAUUUAUACCCCCAAAAAAGAAAAUGAUAAAAUUAAUAAAAGUGAACAAACUAUUAAUACGUUAAAUGAUAGAGAACAAUUUUGUAGUAUUAAUAUAAAUUUAAAAAAUGUUUCUAAAAUUGAAGAAAAUUUUAAAGGAUGGAAUAAUCAAAACUCUGUUAUAACAAACGAAAGAAGUUGUAAGGAGACUAUUAAUAGUUUGAAUUGGGACGAAUUUAAUGAAUUUGAAAAAAAUGAAAAAUCUCAAAUAUUCGGAAAUGAAGAUAAUUUUAACAAUUUGAAUAAUGAAUAUAAUCGAUAUACAAACAAAAAUAAUUAUGAAAAUAAUACUAUUAAUAUAUUUAUAGAUUGUUUGGAAAAAUGUGAAUAUAUAAAAAAUAAUUUUAAAUUUAUAGAAUUAAUUAAAGAUAAUACAAUUAAUUUUUUAUAUAAAUGUUAUGAUAUAAAAAAUAAUAAAAAUGUUGUUAUAAAAUGUGUAAAUAAAGAAAAACAACUAUCUAUUAUGAGUUAUAACACAUAUACAAAUAUAUACAAAAUUAUAAAAAAAAUUGAUAAUGAAAAUAUAAUAAAAAUUUAUGAUGUUUUAGAAAAUCAAUCGCAUUUUUUUAUUAUUAUGGAAUUAUGUGAAGGUACAGAUUUAGUCGAUUAUGUAUCAAAUGAAAAUAUAUCUUUUGAAAAAAUUAAAGAUAUAAUUUUUCAAUUAUUAAGUGGAAUUAGUGCACUACAUGAUAAUUUUAUUAUUCACCGAGAUAUUAAAUUAGACAAUUUAAUGUUUAAAGAUAAAAAUUUUGAAAAGUUAGUUAUUAUUGAUUUUGAUAUGAGUAUAUAUAUUUGUGCUAAAGAUCAAAUUUAUCCUUGUAAGGCCGAUUGUAUUUAUACUAGUGAAACAAAUGAUACCAUUUAUGAUAACAAAUUUGAUAAAAAUUAUAUGAAUGUAUAUAACCCUGAUCAAAUAUUUGGAAACAAAAUUGGAAUUUCGGAUAAUCUCAAUACAGAAUUUUCAGAAAAAAGUCAGAAUAAUAUUUGUAAAGAAGAACAUAAUGCAGCUACUUCUAAUACAUUUACAGAUUAUGCAAAUCAUGGAAAACAUGAAAAUGAAAAUAAAAUGGAAAAUCAUGAUUCGGUAAAUAUUAAAAAUUCAUGUUUAUAUAAAAAUGAACCAAAUAUGAAUACUAUAGACUCAAAUAAUAUAUAUACAAAUAAAGUUACAGAGAAUGAUAAAAAAUGUAACAAUUUUAAUUCAUGGCAUUUUUCAAAUUCUUAUGAUUAUAUUAAAAAUAAAACACAUAAUAAGAAAAGUACAUCACUAGAUUAUAAUUAUAUACGUAAAAUUGAGAAUAAUUUUUUAUCCACAAAUACAAGAGAUAUUGAAAAGCCAUUUAUUAAUAAUGAAGACAAAAUUAUAUAUAACGAUUUGAUAAUUGGGACUAAAGAAUAUAUGUCUCCACAUUGCCUAAAGGGGAUGUAUAGUAUUAAAACAGAUAUAUAUAGUGUUGGAGUAACUAUUUUUUUAAUAAUUUUUAAAAGUUUUCCAUAUUUAUUUGAAGAAAUUUCGAUAGAUAAAUGGGAAGAUGAAAUAAUUAAUAAAAAUAAGGAAAUAGUUAUACCAUUUUCCUUUUUAUUUCACAAUGUUAAUUGUACUUAUUUUAUAAAAUUGAUGGAUUUGCAUUUAAUAAAUAAUAAUAUAUAUUUUUGUAAUGAUAGUUGCUUAUUAGAUGAUAAUUUAAAAGAAAUAGCCAAAAUACAGGGUAUUAAAUUCGAUUUUGAUAAAAUUAAGAUAAACCAAAAAAAUAUUUAUCUUGUUGAAAUAUUAAGGAAGACAUUAUCCCUUGAUGUUUGUGAUCAGUAUAAUAAUGUGUCUCAAAUUAUGGAAAGCUCUUUAUUUAAUUAG